AUGGCGAAGCGGUGCGGAGUGCGAAGUGAGCACGGUCGGUUGCGUACAGUGCUGGUGUCGGAGCCUUCCUUGGCGCACAAGCGGUUGACUCCGGGAAACUGUCACGGAUUCCUGUACGAUGACGUGCUGUGGGUGGAAAAGGCGAUUGCCGACCACCGCGACCUGAAGAGAAAGUUGGAGGCCGAAGACGUAGAGGUGCUGGAGCUGAAGGACUGCUUGGAAUGGAUCUUUCGUCAUAAGCGGGAGGAAGCGUUGGUACCAACGAUCGACUACCGUCUGAGUUUCAUUGAUAACAUACAGGCGCGCGCGGCUCUGCGGAAAUGGUUUCUGGCUCUGGAUUCGCCGCGCACAUGUGUGGAACAUAUCACGGGCGGAGUGGCCAGCUUCGAAUUAGACGAGGAAACCCUCGUGAAAUGCGGAAUCAACUCCGACAGAGACGGCCCGCAGACUCCCCGAAUGCUGCUGGCGCCCCUGCCUAACAUGCAGUUCCAGAGAGACACCAGCAUCUGGAUUGAUGACAAGGUUCUGGUUUCGCGUAUGAACAUUCCGGUGCGCAGCCAGGAAACCUACCUGCUCCAAAAGAUCUGGGAGCACCACCCGAGGUUCGAAGGCGCCGGCAUCUGGAACACUGCUUUGCGAAAAGAAGCCUCCCACAGCAGCCUGUCCACCGACGACUCGGACUGCUCCCAGGCUACCUUCGAAGGCGGCGAUGUUCUGGUCGCCGGAAACGGCGUCGUACUCUGCGGAGUCGGAGAACGCACCACGCAACAAGGACUCGAACAGGUUGCACGGCUCCUCCUAGCGAAGAACUCGACCAUCACAAAGGUCAUAGCUUGCAUCAUGCCCGAAGCCAGAAGCUGUAUGCACCUCGACACUGUUUUCAACUUUGUGGACAAGGAUCUCGCAAUCGCGUAUAAACCUGUCACCGACACAAUCCGAUGCGUCACCUACCAUUCAGACGAUGGUCAAGUGCUGCAACACACCAAACAUGACGGUGAAUCCAUGUACAACGUGAUUGCCGCAGCGCUAGGACUCCCAAAUGGUCUCGACAUUGUUGACGUACAAACCGACCCCUUCACUAACGAAAGGGAACAAUGGGAUGAUGGAUAUAAUCUGGUUGUUGUCCGCCCGCGCGUUGUUGUGGCCUACAACCGUAACCUCAACGCCAAUCGAGCUCUACGCGAAAAAGGAGUCACCGUUAUCGAGGUGGACGGCUCAGAGCUCGGCAGAGGUCGUGGCGGCCCCCACUGCAUGACCUGUCCCAUUUUUAGAGACUAG